AUGGGACAUCCUAGUAGUAUUCCAUUAAUAGAGUUCUUAAAGGGAAGAAUAUAUCUAGGGGCAUAUGAUCGUCGUCCUUCUAACACGUCAAAACUUGUCUUUUUCACGGUAGAAGAUGAACUUCCAUAUAACGCAUUUGAUCGAGAUUUUGGUCCUCUUCAUAUGGGUCAUCUUUAUCGUUUCGCAGUAAUGCUACAUAGUGAACUCAAUGAUGAGUCUAAUUCUGGAAAAGCUAUUGUGAUUUACUCAUCUACGACACCACAGGCUAGAGCUAACAUUACAUGUAUGCUUUGCUGUUACAUGGUUCUUAUCCAAUCUUGGGCACCACAUCAGGUACUUCAACCGAUUUCUCAAAUCGACCCUCCUGUCGCUCCUUUUAGAGACGCUGGCUAUGCCAAAUCUGAUUUUGAAAUCACAAUCCAGGAUGUGGUAUAUGGCGUGUGGCGUGCUAAAGAACGGGGGAUGAUUGAUUUGACUUCAUUUGACCUCGCAGAAUUCGAACAAUAUGAACGGGUAGAUCAGGGAGAUUUAUCAUUGGUAUCGCCUGACUUUGUAGCAUUUGCUUCGCCAAAGGGAAACAGGGGAGAACCUCUUGAUGAGGCAUUUGUACAAGUUUUGAAAUAUUUCCACAAACAUGAUGUGAAGAUGGUGGUACGAUUGAAUAGCCACUUGUACGAUGCUAUGGAGUUCACAAAACGUGGCAUAAAGCACAUCGAUAUGAUUUUUGAUGAUGGUACCUGUCCAACCAUGGAUAUUGUUCAAGAUUUUGUCGGGGUAGCUGAAGGGAUUAUUGCUGAAGGUGGGAAAAUCGCUGUCCAUUGUAAAGCAGGUUUGGGCAGAACCGGUUGUCUAAUUGGCGCGCAUUUAAUAUAUACACAUGGUUUCACUGCCAAUGAAUGUAUUGGUUACAUGAGAAUGAUUAGACCAGGCAUGGUGGUCGGGCCUCAACAGCACUGGUUAUAUUUACAUCAAAAUGAGUUUCGUAAUUGGAAGUUCACCAUGGUUUUAGAUAAUAUUCCUAACAGCAGACUAUCUGGCUUUUCACCUUUGAUACCCUAUGAAGUAUUUAAAGCCCGUCAAAAGACCAAGUACGGAAAUGCUGCCAAUCGCUCAUUCUCUCCAAUGAUGAAGAGAAGAGUUUCUGGAAGAAUGAAGUCAGUAUUACAUACUGCUGUGCCAAUAUCUUCGCCGGGGCAGCCGCGAAAGGGAACUAAUGGGAGAUACGUUUCUAACUCAUUCAUCACUACCAAUUCCGACGAAGAAUAUGAAGAUAUUGAAGAGAGUCGAGAAGAAGAUGAGGAAGCAGACGAGGUUAAACAACUUGAAGAAGAUGGUGAUGGCAGUAAAAAUGAAAGUGUAUUGAAUGAGAUAUCAAUGGACAAGGAAAACAGUACCGAUAUAAAACAUUCCGAUUCAGUUGCUACACCUGAAGCUAGCUUUGUUGAAUCUAGACGUAAUAGGCUUUCUCAAUCACCGCCAUCGUCAUGGAGAGUCUUGAGAUCUAUCACAUCUCCAAAUUCUAAAAAGCCAGAACAGAUUGACUCAAAUAGUCGUUUAAUGACUAAAGUGAGAGGUAGUAAAAUGGUGUGCCAAAUAAAUGGGAGCAGCGAUAAAAUGUUAUCGAGUGGGGCAGUUCAUAAGAAUGGAUCUCGCAAAAGAAGUUAA